GAAAUCAAUUUACCUUCUUCGUGGGGGUCGCUUGCAUUUGACACUCCUCAUCGCCCCGUAAAACACCAAGGUGAACGACCAGGUGCUGGCCCUCAAGAGACCCACUCGUGACGGCACCUUUCCUCUCUUCAACAGCUGAAUUUUAUCUGAGCUGAUGGCCGCGAUUGCCCUACCACGAGUACUGAUGCGGGGAUCUGCAGGAUGCUCCCUUGGACUGCAAGUGGCACAGCGGCGUGCAAGGCCCUGCAUCGCCAGAGCUGUCGUGGGAUUCAAGGGUGAUGCUCCAACUGCAACUCUGCCGCAGAUUGAUGAGCAGCGCAGUGUGCGUGUGCGUAUCUCCACCCACUUCCAGGCGGCGUUUGGGGAGGGUCUGAAAGUGGUGGGCAGCCAUCCGGUGUUAGGCUCAUGGGACCUUGGAUAUGCACCAGACAUGACCUGGACAGAUGGCCACGUGUGGGUGUCCGAUCUGGGCGUGCCGGAGGGCGCAGAUUUCGAAUUCAAAAUCGUGCACCUGACCUGCGGCGGCGCCUCCUGGGAGCCCAGCAACAACAGGCCAUUGAAGGCGGCUGGGGUGCCAGAGGACGCCGCGUUAGACGUGGCCUGCUCCUUCGGCUACCCCGAGCUGACAGCUGUGCAGCUGACAUCAGCGCGGCCGCUUGAUGAUGUCACCGUUACUGCCUGGGACCCCACGGAUGGCGGCCUGCCCGCUGACCUCACCGAGGACCUCAGCCAACAGGCUGCAAAGGCGAUCAGCAAGGCCACCGAGAGGGGGGACUCCCCCUCUCCGGUGGCGCAGACCGGGGGGUCUGCCACCUGGAGCGACAUCAGGGAGGCCGCCCCAGAAUUCAGGGCGGAGAGCACCGCCGCGCCAGAUCAGGUGCCAAUGAUGUCAGCGGUGACAUCAGCGGCCAUUGUCACAUCAGCGCCGGACCUGACGCCCCAAGUUGCUGCAACGGAUGUGCUUGAGCCUUCCGCGCCAACAGUGAAUGAGGCUAUGGUGGAAAGCUCAGAGGAGGAAAGCGCUGCUGCCAAGGCGCAGAAGGACAGGAACAUAAAGGCAGCUGGCACACUGGCGAUGGGUCUGGCGGCAGGCGUUGUCAUGUCCGCGCUCGCCAUCGACCUCACCGAUGCCGCCGUCGCCGGGGCCAUCCUGGCAGCCGGUGCAACGUUCAUGCCGGCAAAGGAUGCGAAGGUGGCUCGCAAGACCGCCUCAAACGUGCUGAGCGGCGGGCUGAGCGCCACGGAGGCAAUCGCGCGCAACUUCGGCCUCAAGUCGCAUGCGGAGCGCCGCGCGGAAGCUGCCGGGCAAGCCGCCCCGCAGCUGCCCGCCGGCGACGCCGCGGAGGAAGCUGAGCGGCAGCUGGCCGCAGGGAUCGCAGAGGCAGAGGCUCUGCUGGCAGAGGGGAGCGAUGUGGAAUACGCUAACAAUGUGGUGCCCAAAGAGGCCGUCAGCAGCCCCUCAGCAGGCAUGAUUCUGGCCGCGGCAGCAAUGGCUGCAGGCAAGGCCGAGGCGGCAGUGCAGGAGAGCCUUGCAGAGGCAUCUGAGUAG